AUUGCCCAUGGAGAACGAAGAACCCUAAUAUUGGUUCUUUGGAUGAAGAGGAAGCGAUCGACGCACCCACGAAACAGGUAUGCCGAGGGCAGUCCAGAUUUCGCAGCGCUGGCGGCGCGCUACGCCUCGUUUGCGCGCUACGUGAGGAUCAAUCCCUCCACUGGGCGGGGCAGCAUCGAUUGGAGGGACUACGCCGCCACAAGAGAGCUCACUCGAGUUCUCUUGGAUUGCGACUACGGCAUUCUCGGCUGGUGGAUUCCCGACGGCCAGCUCUGCCCGGCGGUGACGAAUCGUGCAAACUACAUCCACUGGAUCGAGGAUUUGCUCCAAGAGUUUCCAGCUCCAGGGAAGAAUGUAGAGGGGGGAGUUCUUGGUCUAGACAUUGGGACCGGCGCUAGCACGAUCUAUCCUCUCCUCGGGGCUUCCUUGCGGGGAUGGAAGUUCGUAGCGACGGACGUGACGAGUGUGGCGCUGGAAUGGGGAAGGAGGAACAUCGCGGCGAAUCCACACCUCAUGGAGCUGAUCGAACUGAGAAGCGCUGCGAAGAAUGGUGGUGAAGAUCAGGAAGAAAACCACAGGCUGCUCGUUGGAGUGGUGAAAGAUGAGGAGAUCUUCGACUUCAGUAUGUGCAAUCCACCGUUCUUCGAGAGCAUGGAGGAGGCCGGGAUGAAUCCUCGCACGGCCUGCGGUGGAACGCCGGAGGAGAUGGUUUGCACCGGAGGAGAGGCCGGGUUUGUGAGCAGGCUGAUCCACGAGAGCAUGGAGCUCGGGACGAAGAUCCACUGGUACACGAGCAUGGUCGGGAAGAAAUCCAGCUUGAGGGCUCUCAAGGCCGAGAUUCGAGGCUGUGGAGCAACGAUGGUGAAGACCACCGAGUUUGUGCAAGGAAAGACGUCGAGGUGGGGGCUGGCAUGGAGUUUCUCGAGUGCUGGAGCAGUGAAGAGUGGAUCUGGGCGAAGUUGUUUCGGGACUGGGACGAGCAGCAGCGGGAGUUUCUCGUUCGUUUUGGAGGGCAUCGAUCGAAAAUGCAGUGCGUUGGAGGUUCUGGGAGAUCUUGGGAGGCACUUGGAAGCUCGCGGGGUGGCUUGCAAGAUCGAUGCGGCUUCUUUUGCGAUCACUGGAACUCCUGGCGAUCAAAGAGAAGGAUUCGACCAACGAAAUUCUGAUGGGAAAUCCGAGUUUAAGGCGACGCUGUUCCAGCAAAGUCCCGGGUGCCUGCUGGUAAAGAUAUGGAUUUCCAAGGCUGGAAGAAGUAGUAGUCUCCUUGUGUCAGCUCUUGAGAGUUCAGAGAGCACAUUGAAGGAAAAAUUAUCCGUCUCAACAUAGCAGCCAAGUACAUUUCAAACUUAAGUCGUUUAAGAAUGAAUAAAACCUUUCAAAAUUUCAGUGCCC